AGUAGCCCCCUUUUGUCUGGACUAAUUUAAUUGUCUCCAUCUGGUCUUCUUGCACCCAUGCACAGCAUUCAUUCUUGAAAAGAACGUGACCCACUUUUGUUCUAGGUUAUUGUAACCUCUUAAGAACUUUCAUAUACUUCUUACAGUGAAGAUUACAAAUUUUAGGCCCAAUUAUUGCAACAGAAUGCUUAUUUGAAGUCAGUUUUUUCUGACACCUCCUCUUACACUAACUGCAAAAGUAAGAAUAAAACAUGUAUCAGUGCCGAGCCUGUAUAUAAAUUGUAUAUGUGUUUUUCAAGCAGUUGUUGGAGAAUACUUGACCAUAACAGAUAAGGAGGUACCGGAAGUGGGGAAUGAGAUUUUCUUUGCUUUAGAGUGUAAUAAAACUUCCAAGAUAUUACAGCACCCCCCGCCAAUGCCCCCAUUGCCUUUCCUGAGCCUACAGGCGGUAGAAACACCAGAGUAGAUCAUUAUUUUGUGUAACCAUUAAUUUAUGAAUGGGAAGAGAACAUGGUAUAAGUAUGAAUGAGCGGCUAUGGUAUAUAUGGACCGACCCUGUGAACUAUUGAUUCUGAUAAAACCCACAUUUUGAAAUCUUUUCCCUUCCUUCACAGUCCCAGCUGUGGAAAUAGGGACCUUGGAGCUGUGCAUAGUAACCUUUUCACUGCUGUGUUUGUAUAGCAGGAACCCCCUUUGGUGAUUAGCAGAGCUGGGGAUUCCAAAUGGCAUUUGCUGCGGUUAGCAAUUGCAAGAGUGGGAGGGAACACAGACGUAGGUGUGGGCCAAGUCUCUCAGCUGGAGGGAGAGGAGAGGGAGAAGGAGAUAGAGAAACUGAAGGAGAAGUAAGUGGGGAGAGUGGUGACAAGGUCCCAAACUGGUCCAGUUAUGGACUCAUAGAGUUUCAGGCCAGAUGAGUCCACUGGAUCAUCUGGGCUGACUUCCUGUGUCACAGGGCAUCAACCCCACCCACUACCCGCCCACUAAACCCAACAGCCAGAAUGAGCUCAAAGUAUCACAGCCCACAGCAGACUAGACUGCUUGUGCGCCAGAGGCCGAGAAUGGGGGGUGGGGAGUGAGAUGCUUGAAGCCCCUGACAGGGAAAUGAUUAUCCCCACCCACUGUCCCAUCUCCAGCCGUGGCUGUCCCUGAUGCUUCAGAGGAAGGAGAUAAAAACAAAAAACCUCCCAGAAUACAUUGGGGAGGUGGAGGGGACAGGGAUGGGGAUGACAUCCCUUCCUGACCCCUGCCAUUGGCCAGCUGGAAGCCUGAGUUUUAGGACCAUGAGAUGCAGACCAGAAUCACUGCAGACCAGAAUAAAACUGGAGAGAGGAAUGCAGCCCAAAAGAAUUCUGGGCAGCAGGUCAACCAAGGGGGCUGAUGCAAUUUCGUAGAAUCAUAGAACUGGAGGGGACCUCAAGAGGUCAUCUAGUCCAGGUCCCUGCACUCAUGGCAGGAUUAAGUGUUAUCUAGACCAUCCCUGACAGGUGUUUGUCUAACCUGUUCUUAAGAAAAAUCUGUCGGUAGGGAAAGAGCCAGGGGCAACUGUGAUGUGAAAUGCAUUAAAGCCCCUUCUGAAAUCUCCCCAGUCCCCCUUCUCACCCUGACAGGCUGCAGAGUAACACCUGCCUUAGGCUCCCGAUGCUCCCAUCCUCCCCGGGGACGAGGAAGGAUAAUGGCUUCAGUGGAGUCAGUCCAGGGGCUGGUGCCCUUCGAGGAGGUGGCUGUGUAUUUCACCAGGGAAGAGUGGGCUCUGCUGGACCCGACCCAGAGAGCCCUCUACAGGGAUGUCAUGCAGGAGAAUUAUGAGAAUGUGACCUCACUGGGGUUUCCUGUGUUCAGAUCCGAUGUGAUCUCCCAGGUGAAACAAACGGAAGAGCCGGGGGCCCCAGUUCUCCAGGGCUUAGAGGAAAGAGAGAUUCUGAUGGCCACCUGUUCAGCAGGUGAUGGGAUGCUAAGUGAGAAUAUGGAGCAGAAUUCUCAGCAGGAAGAUGCUCAGCAAGUGGAAUCACAUGGGGGGUUACUGCAAGGAUCCCAAGGGAAUGUAUCCAGGCAUCAUGUGCAGGGAAAAGCCUGUGAGAGUCGGCAUAGGCCAGAGAGACAGCAGGAAAGCCAACCAGGGGAGGAAGUGGGUAAAUCCCCUAAUUGUCAGGAAACUCAGAACAACUUCAAGGAAACCACAGCCCAGCAGAGAAUCCCAACGGGAGAGAGACCCUAUAAAUGCGCUGAGUGCGGGAAGACCUUCAGUUUGAGUUCAAACCUUAUUAAACAUCAGAGGAUCCAUACAGGAGAGCGCCCCUAUGAAUGCGGCGAGUGCGGGAAAACCUUCACUCACAGCUCACACCUAACUAGACAUCAGAGAAUGCACACUGGAGAAAGACCCUAUGAAUGCUGUGAAUGCGGGAAAACCUUCCGGUACCGCUCAGACCUUAUCACGCAUCAGAGAAUCCACACGGGGGAGAGGCCCUAUGAGUGCUGUGAGUGUGGGAAAAAUUUCAGUCAGAGCUCGAACCUUAUUAAACACCAGAGGAUCCACACCGGAGAGAGACCCUAUGAGUGCUGUGAGUGCAGGAAGACCUUCACGCGGAGAUCAAACCUCAAUGCACAUCAGAGAAUCCACAAAGAUGCAAGACCCUAUGAAUGUUUUAUAUGGGAAAACCUCCACACUGAACUCACACCUUAUUACACAUGAGAGAAACCCUUAAAAACCUUUUCAAAGCCUGAUAAAAGUUGUUGGGUUUUUUUGGUUGGUUUUUGCAUUAAUGCUUUUGUUAAUUCCCACCUAAUGAUCUUUAAGGAUUUUGGCAGAAUUAUCUUUACUGUGGUCUCUCACCUCCCCAGGUGAGUUGUCCACUUUUGUGUUUUGCUGCUCGCCCUUCCUUUGGGUGAACACUGUGGUCCUCUCUUAUCAGCUCCUAUGAGUCAUGGGAGAGCGUAUCUCUCCUGCCAAAAAUGUCCAUCAGCCAAGGUGAGGGAGAUAAGGAUGACCUUGAUUAGCUACACUGAAGCACAAUCUAUGUGGGCCUUAUCGCCACUAGGUUUUUCCCAUGCAGUUAGCUAGCUCCUCUUAGCUAUCCCAAUGGAAAAAGACAGCUACUCUUGCAGGAGUUGGUGUGGUUAGCAAGCCUAUUUCCUCGUGAGCUGACCUCAUCUUUUGUGGCUUUUCAUAGUCUAAAAAAGCCCAGAACAUCGCAUUUACAUUGUUCCUCCCAUCACAAAGCAGUUGUGAGAGUCAUCAAGUUCCGCUUUGAGGAUAAAUUGCCUCAUUCCCUUUUGUUCUCACAUUGCCCUAGGAUGUGCUUAAGACCAGUUUAUAUAUAUUUUCUUUUACCAUUUUUCUCAUGUAUUUCAAUAUAAUAAAAAGCAGGAGCAUAGGUGGGGGAAAAAAGUGUCUUUUCUGCCACUGUGACACCCGAAGAAGAUGGGGAGAGUUAGAGGGAUCCCCUCCUUCCCCAUCAGCCCAGCAGCAUUACUCUCCACAGGGCUAAGACAGAAGGUCUCGUCUUCACAUUCUACCCCUCCACAUCCCAGAGAGUCAUGUGAUGCGGCGGCCUCAGUUUUCUGUGCUUCAGAAUGGUGCUUUGAUUUCUUUGAUCCUAAAUCAGACUCAUUAGGGCUGGAGAUGAGUCUCAUAGGACUGGAAGGGGAAUUCGAUGGAUCCCAAACACUGUGAUCAUACUGAGUUUCAGUCCCCGUUUUAGUCUAUUGGCAAAGGCACUUUUGGUCAUUUUCCUACUGAGUUGGGAUUGUUCACAGAUGGGAAAGUUGGCUGGUUUUGCACUCCUACCCCCCUCUUUCUGAUGAUGCUAAAGCUUUUGUAAAUAACACAACUCAUUAAUGAGACAGUGGUGAAUGAAGGAGGUUUGAAUGACUCUGUGAAUAUGAUGGGAGAAUCACUGGUAUUGCCUCUGAGUUAUCAGAUGUAACCUGCUGUGGAAUUUCACGUUACAUGACCCUGAAUGUGUCUCAUGACCUCUCUGUGAGGUGGGUUUUUUCUCUCAUGCCUGGGGUCCUUUUGGUCACACAACUGGAUAUUAGUUUAGUUUGACAGGACAUAGCUCAGAUUUAUUGGGGACUUUGAAAGAAAUGACAAUUUGCUAAAAUAGCCAUUUCUUAGUAUAUUUUUGCUUUCCUCCCACCUCUCCAUUAUGACACAGAGGAAAUUCAAGUGCCGUUCAAUCAACAGGAGAGAAUACUCCGAGCUAUUUGGCAUGCUAACAAAGCAAUAGGAGUGUUUUUAAGUCUCCAGUCUGAAAUGGUGAGCAACAGCAGACCCCAAACCGUGCAGCUGACUGAAGUGACAGUCUGCGAUCACCGUGCCAUUCAGUUCUUUAGGUCAAUAUUAUCUCGGAUGAUCCAGGGAGACAAUUUCAUAGUAUGUGACUUUCAACUGGGCAAAAAUGCCCAUUUUUUUCCCCCCAAAGCAUAUUUGACCCAGGCCUGACAGGAGGUUACUCCUGAAGAUAUCUUCUGUGUUUUGGGAAGUACUGUCCCUAACUAUGCAGAUGUGGAGAAAUAGACGUGGUGUUUUUGUUCAACUCGCCCCUUGUAUGUGCUGUAAAUGUGUAUAAAAUGAAUUAAGUGUCGAAUGUGAUGUAGCUGCAGGAAAAGCGACUGUUUUCAAAAAGAAACCCCACCUCUACUAUCUUACAGAAAUUCAGAUCCAGGUUUGUAUCCAGUCCCUAAUUUAGACCUGUGCCACCAGAUUAAAGAAAGAAAUUGAGCAUGCUGGGGAGAAGUCAUUCCUCACUAACACUCUUGAGAUUUGGGAUGUAAAUUCAUCUUGACCGAGACCAAGGAUUUGGCAAGAGCUCAGGUAGAAAUAGCAGGCAGCCAGUUGUUGGCUUGCACCACAAAGUAAGCAAGCUAUGGGGAACAGUGCACAAGCGAAAUUGUUUUGGAACACCAUUUCCUAGUUCAGUGUCACUGAUUAGUCCCAAAGGAUGCUGGGGUUAGAUCGUCAACAAUUGUCCUUUUCCAUUUGGAUCCAACAUUUCAUGAGGUAACAAGAGAAACAGCUGAUGUCUUCAGAGGACAUUCUUUCCCCCAGGAGCCAAAGGAUUCUUUCCUUUUGUGCAAGUGAUGGCUACAGCGAGGGAAUGAAUGUGUCCGAUUCCGAGUUGACUUCAGGAUACACAAAAUGUCUUAUAAUUUUGUUCUUGUGUCUCAAGCAUUGGUAUCACUUCUCUUCCACUUUCUGCUACUUUGAAAGAUUAGAAAGUGUGGAAAUAGCAUACAGGGGUUGUUUGUUCGUGAUGCAAAUCUUGCUACAUAGUGCGAGGCUCUUUUCUCCAAAACUUAUGACAGAAGACUCAAAGUUAAAUGAACUUGUAGAUGUGGAAGAACCUAUGUUGGAGUAAACAACAACGUGACACAAAAGUUCACUUGGUGGAAGUGGGAAUUAAAAGAAAACUGAUGUAUAAGAUUUGUAAGCAGCGAAAAUGAAAUUAAACACAAAGAUGGUGGUUAAAGAGUAAGAGACUAAUUAUGUGAUCACUGGAAAACCUGAGAGUUGUGUAUAUGUAUAUUUUGUUUUGUUAGUAAUAAAGGAAAUGAUGGAUAA